AUGAGCUCAUUCUUAUUGAUCAAGCAGCUCGAGUUGUUCGAUCUCCAAUUUUCUAAUAACCCGAAGCAUCUUAAUUAUGAGCAGCUCUCAGUUGGCGGCUGGAAGGAAAGUUCGGUCUGGGUGUCUUACCUGCAAAAGACCGAUCUCCCGGUCACUACUCAAACCCCAUCAUCUAAUCUACCUGGCACUCAUGACGCACGGAGGUAUUUCGAGUAUUUCCGCCAACGUUCCGUCGUCGAGUUCUCUGGAUAUUUUGACUCGAACUUCUGGGACCAGUUGAUUUUACAGGUCAGCCAUGAUGAUCCGGCUGUAUGCCACGCGGUCAUUGCACUUGGCUCCCUGUACGAGAAGUUCGACGGUCAGCGGGAACUGAUCCGACCGCAUGCCCAGGCAACGGUCUGUCGCCAAGACAGCAUCGAGCAGUACAAUCAAGCCCUCGGUCACUUGCGGCAGAAUCUUGGAGAUAAUGAGAACCGGAAUGUCCAGUCAACCCUGAUUUGCCGCGUCCACAUUAUCGCUUUCGAGACAUUCCUCGGUAACUACGACUCAGGGGGGUUGCACUUGGAGAACGGGCUGAAGAUCUUGCAUGAUUGGCAAGUUCAGCAAGACCAGCUUCUGCAAUCAACUCUUUCGUCCGGAACGAGCAUGAUUGAGGACGACCUCCUUCCGGUGUUCUCUCACCUCAACUUACAAGCAACGUCACUGGUCGACCCAGGUCUUUCCGAGCAUCACCGGUUCAUUGGAGAUACCGCAACGAAGUCAAUCCCAAGUGCGUUCUCGAGCCUCAACCAGUCGCGAAUCUGUCUAUACAAUUUGUUCAACGCAACAUUCGACUUUAUCCACUCAACAUACGACAUCAAAGAGUCUGUCAAUCUUUUUGAGGAGCCACCCAGUGCGGUGGUUUUGGAACGCCAUCACCUCGAUGGCUUGAUGCAACGAUGGCUUCAGACUUUCGACACAUUGCUACAAGUAUCAGGCACACAGAUGGGCACUAGAGAGCUCAGAGCAGCUAUGCUCCUCAAGAUACAUCACACUACCGCUAUAAUCCUCCCCAGAGCGAGCCUCAAUCCUGAACAAUGCGCUUUUGACGUCCAUCUUAACCACUUCAGGAGCAGUCUGUCGCUUUCAGCGUCACUAGUGGAAGCGCCAGGGUCUUUAGAGAUCAGACCAAGCUUUUCGAUGGAUCUGGGUGUCAUUGUACAUCUAUACUUGACAGUGGUCAACUGCAGAGAUCCAGCUGUACGCCGGCAAGCGCUGUCUCUCCUCUCUCGCCUGUCCUUACCUCGGCAAGAAGGGACCUGGAAUGCGAACGAUGCCAGCAGGGUUGGACAGUGGGUGAUCGACGUUGAAGAAGAGGGCCUCGGGGCAGUCGAAAGCGCUGAAGAUGUUCCCGAAUCCUCCCGCAUCCAACGGAUUGAUGCUAAUGCAUACAUGGAGGAGCGACUCGUUCAUCUGAGACAUGUUCUUGAUGACGAGUCCGAAUCUAGUGAACCUGAUGUUGAGGAGAACACUGAGGAUCAGUAA